UCACGCCAGUCGCUCUCAAGUUUCGAUCACGAAAACACACGCGCACACCUUUCGGGUGCUGUGUCUUGGCGUGAUUUCCACGUUGGUGUUACCGGUGCGCCUUGCAUGUGUGCGUGUGUUUCACGGCCAGGGGUUUCAUAGCCCCUCACAACUUUGUUUCGAUUUUCUUUUGUUUUUUUGUUUUUUUUGUUUUUGUUUGUUUUUUUCAAGUUUCUUUCAAGUUUAUUUUUCAUCGUUCGGAAGAAAAAGAAAAUAAUUGAACACUCCUCCCUUGUCAUCGACAGCAAAUGCGUUUCUUAAUGGCCGGUUGUUUUUGCAAAAGGACAUUUCAGUGGCUCUAGAAGAAUCUUAGUGAUUGUGUUUAUUUGAAAGAUUUCAAUUGUUGUGUUGAGAAGAAAUCAAACAAGUGAAAGACACAAAAAACCAAAACACAGGAAAAGAGGGAGAAAAAAAAAAAGAGAGAAUUGAAGUUGGUCCGUUUCCGAGUCUCUUCGGGCUGGUGUGGUUUGAUACAGCGUGAGUCACGUUUGCUCUGGCUGCGUCGGAGCACGUGCUUCUCAUCGGCAAAAUCAUCGCCAUAUUAUACGAAAGAUAAAAAGGAAAGAAACAAAAUUGUCUUUUCUCCGUCGUUCGUCAUUUAACUGCCGAGCAUGUACUAUAUAACCUUGCAGUCUUCUUCACGGCAAUUCAAGAAAAACAGGUGUUUGGUGGCGAUCGGAUCAGCACGAAGCCAAAGAUGACUCUUUCUUCUUAUUCAUUCGCUGUGGACUCGACUUGAUUGAUCUCCUCACUGCCACCUCAUCAGAAGUUGAUUGCAAUCUUUCACCCCCCUACAUAUCCUCCCUUUUUUUCCUGACGGCCUGACCUUUUGAAUCAAACAAAGACUAGCACAAAUAGUUGUCUACUGAUUAGAUGACACACAAAGUCGGCCGUUCGUCGUCAUGUGAAGGUAAACUCACGAAUUGUGCUGGGCCAAUCUAAAAACUGUUCAGCAUUUUCUCGGCUGACUGUCGUGUUGUCUAUCGGUGCUCGUCAAUUUCCUUUCCUUUUGCCUUUUGUCCGAUUCGUCAAUUCCAUGACGGACAGAUUGUGUCGAUAGCCAACAAACAGACCGACGCACAGUUUGGGUUUGCGACGACCAAAGGAAAAAUAAAAAAGAAAACCAAACAGCCAAGAAAAAGAACAAAGAAUUUUUCAUUCGGUUGUGACGCGCGCGCGUGAAUUCACUACUCAAUGGUGGUACGGACAUCUUUAUUCCCCCCUCUCCAGGAUGUUGUGAGCGGAUCGUUCCGGAUUGUAUAGGAAAGCAUUAAAAAUUUGCUCACUAGACUCUUCUUCUUAUUAUUAUUAUUUUUUCUUCUUCUUCUUCAUCCGAAUAUUGACCGAGAAAACACACACAAAAAGAAAAAAAACAAACUUUCAACAACAAAAAACCCAAGACGGGGAUUUUAUGUCGCUCGACAGGUGAGGGGGAGUUUGAACUUCAUUACAAGGGGGGAAAGAAAAAGAAUAGACGAAAGGACCGUGGUGCGUGACGUGAGUGACAAAUCGGACAGGUUCCAGUCGAGCUCAUCAAGUGUUUUUUUUAAUUUUAUUUUUUUUAAAUUUUUUAUUGAUGCACUACGUAAACCCAGAGUGUGCAGUGUUAUUGUGUGCAGUGCCGUGCAAAAUUGACGACGAGAGCAAGAAAUUAUGGGUUGCGCUACGAGUCAACUGCCUCUGGGUGGCGGCAGCCAACGCCAGAGACGGCAUUCAUCAUCGGCCAAUUCAUCACCGCCGAACAACGUGACCACCGUGUUGCCCGACAACCAUCAUCAUCACAACGACGAGAAGGCCAAUCGCAGCGUCGCCCUGGCUACUAAUAAUGUAAUUUCACAGCAAACACAACAGCAACAGGCCCUACGUAUCGUCCGCAAUCCCAGCAACACUGACAACAGACCGUCGUUAGAAAAUUCGACAACAGGAAAGUAUCGACGAGGUAACAGCAGCGACCAGAACAGUACCAGUCCGACUCAGCUGGAGAAUGGGGUUCGUUUGAGUAACGACGUCCGUUUCGGUGCCAUGCGAGCGCCGCCAGAACCACUCAAGGUAAUGUUGGUCUUCGAACGCGAGGAUGCCCAAAGUGACGCAUGGCUGUGGGCCUGUCGGAAGCUGGCCAGUCGUUGCGGCGGCACGGAGAUGAGCCACAGCAACAGCCGGAGUAGCCACAGUAGCAGCAGCAGCAAUAGCCACGAAAUCCAUCAUCAAGACGUGCUUGUCCGCACCCUUCAAACGGAGCUCGUCCAGCGCAAAAUUGCUGAAUUGGAACCCAAUUUGAUCGUUAUCGACCGGCGCUCAGCUAGUCGUAGUCGCGAAGUCGAUGCUCUCUGCAGGUGGAUCCGAACGCAGCCAGGAGGUAACUACCCCAUCAUUCUCGCUGUCGUUAAACGAAAUUUACUGGAACGCGAAGAAUCUAUUGUAAGCAGCAUCUUACAUAUUGGAUACGAUCGGUGUUAUCCAGAGAGCGGCAACUUGGGAUCGUGCCUAAGUGAAUUGUUGAUGUUGGAAGCCAGUGAGCUGCAGUCACGCCAGCGUUUGCGUUUGGCCGAGGCAUCGAUGACAGUAGCAGCAGUCACGAGGGUUAUCCCUUAUUUCCCUACAGAACUGGUAACAGUGACGGACGGCCAUUUUAAUAUCCGCUACAUCAAUCCGGGCGUGGAGCGUUUGCUGGGCUUCACGGCCGAUGAAAUCGUCGGCAAGAACAUGAUCGAGUUGUACCGAUGCGAAGCGGGCAACAAUCGCUACGACAUCAACGACGCUGCUCAACAUGUGCUGACCAACAAGACGAAAGAAUGGGAGGGCAGUUGCUUCGUUCGCCGGAGAACCGGCGAUUCUGUGCCGCUCUACACCCGCAUGAUUGCCGUUCACUCCACCAAAACAGAAAACGAGACGCCCGAUUACGUGCUGUUGCUGCAAGAGCCACCGCCAUUGUUCAUCGACAAAUCGCUUUCUGGUGAUAUGGGAGCUUACGAUUUUUACCCAAUGCCACGAAGCUCUCUCCACUCGGUCAGGAAAGCUUCCUAUGACGUCCGUUCAGUCGGCAGUGACGGAGCAAUUAUUAGACGCCAGAGCUUGGCUCGGCUUCAUUCGAUGGCAAUUGAGGGCCCCAUCACUAAAGUAAUCAACAUCAUCACGGCUGCUCAAGAGUCCAGUCCCAACUAUAUUUCUCAGGCUCUGGACAAGGUACUGGACAUUUUACGUUCCACAGAACUGUUCGCACCUCACGUCGCCGAAGUGAAAGGAAGAAAUGAAGACCCUGUUACGACCGAUUUAGUCGGCGCCCUCCUGCUGGGACAGAAGCAGCCCGGCUACAUUCGACGGAGCUCCAACGAGACCUCCUUGAAAUCCUCGCACAGCCAACUGUACUCGAGACCCUUGUUACCGAGCUUGAAUAACAUCAGCAUUCCGAUUCAGUUGAGAGAAAUGCUUGAGAAUGAUUCGCAGUGGGACUUUGAUGUCAUCCGUCUGGAGAAACUCACCGGCAAACGGCCGCUAGUUUGGCUCGGCAUGACGAUCAUGACUCGCUUCGAGGUGCCGAGGACGCUCAACUGUGACGAGGCUACUCUUCAGAACUGGCUGACGGUUAUCGAGGCCAAUUACCACUCUACCAAUACGUACCACAAUUCGACACACGCCGCUGACGUCCUCCAAUCAACGGCCUACUUCCUGCAGCGCAACCGCAUCAAGGCGCUUCUAGAUCCUCUCGAUUUAACAGCCUGUCUCAUUGCAGCCGCCAUUCAUGACGUCGAUCAUCCAGGGAAGACAAGCGGGUUCCUCUGCAAUUCCGGGAACGAGCUGGCCAUUUUGUACAACGACCUGAGCGUUCUCGAAUCACAUCACGCAGCGCUGGCAUUCAAAUUGACGUGCGCCGAUGAUAGAGUCAACAUUUUCAAAGGAUUGGACCGAGAAAGCUACAAAGUCAUUCGGCAGAGUAUCAUCGACAUGGUGCUGGCCACCGAGAUGACCAAGCACUUUGAGCACCUCACCAAAUUUAUCAACAUCUUCGCCAAGCCGUUCCUGCGCCAAGACGAGGACCAGUACGAGCCACCAGAAAUCGAUUACGCCAGUCUCAACACUCAGGAGAACAUCAUCCUAGUCAAGCGUAUGCUAAUCAAAUGCGCCGACGUUUCCAAUCCGACACGACCUCUCAACAUGUGCAUCGAGUGGGCGCGCCGUAUAGCCGAGGAAUACUUUAACCAGACUGCCGAGGAGAAAGCGAAAGGACUGCCAGUCGUGAUGCCCCAAUUCGAUCGUCAGACGUGCUCUAUCCCGAAAUCUCAAAUUGGAUUCACCGACUACUUUGUCAGCGACAUGUUCGACGCCUGGGACGCUUACGCCGAGGUGCCCGAACUGCUGCAGCACAUGAAGAGGAACUAUCAAUUCUGGAAGGAGCAGGAGACCAUGGGCGUUACGGGCCUACCACCCGAACACAUUAUUCCGCUGACGCCCACCGAACUGGUGCGCAAGAUUGAAUUCGAAACGCUGGCCGAGUGCAAGGAAACUGUCGAACCUACCGAAGACAAAUAGAUCCCCAGAAAACCCCACUAAAUUUUCAAUAUAAAGUGACUCUAUCGUCUCGCACAAAAGAAGAAAUGGAAUGCUUCAUCAUCUUUUUCAACCGCCCUUUCCCACUAUUUCAUUAUUAUUUUAUUUUUAUUUUAUUUAUCUCGCCAUUUUUUGUCGGGAUCGAUUUCUCCUGCGCUGUGCAGCGGACAACUAGGUCAUCAAUUUCCACGUUCGAUUUUUUAAUUCCCGUCCGUGGCCAUACCCGGAUGCGACAAGAUUCUUGGCUCUUUUUCCUUGAAUUUUUUCUUCUUCUUUAUUUGUGUUUUGCUGGUCUUCUUUCUUUUUCUUUGUGUUUUUUUCUGUUCUCCGUUUGGACAACAACAACCACCGGAACAUCCGCAACCGGAAGGAAUGGCAGGAUUUCAGUUCCGGAUGGACACUGAUGAACCCGAGAAAGAAGACAAAACAACGUGAAAAAUAGUAACAAUACGCUCAAACAAGGAGCCAAAGUUGACGUCAAGAUUAGAGACACUGUCACGAAUCGGAACACUGGUGAAGAGGUGAAUAAAGGAAAUGAAAGCCAACGUCGCUUCCCUUUCAUUUGACGCAUGACUCCAGACUUUAUUAUCACACUGAUCUUCUCUUGCUGCCCGAUCGCCUACCCCAUACUAUCCCCUGUUCACUAUAUCGUGCGUCACAUGUGAAAUACUAAAGUACCAUUAUGCUUACUCGUCUGUUAUGACUAUAUCCUGAUUAUCGAGAAAGAGACAAGAUUUUCUAUUUUUGUGACCAUAUGUAUUUUCAUUCCCGCCAAUGCUGUGAAUCCCCAUUUCAAUGUAUUCACUGGAAUUUCCCCCUCAAAAAAAAGGAGAACAAAAGGAAAAACAAGCAAAAAAAUUCACAAGAAAAAUAUGGGUGAGAAAGUGGAACAUUCUUCGACGUAGAAAAAGAGAUCCACCCAGCCUACCCCUAAAUUUGCGCAUUUCAGCUGGUGUCCCUCUUGGCAACGCAUCCGGCUUUCUGUCAUCGUCGCCAAGAUAUGAAGAAAACGGUAUAUACGUGAUGUAUUACGUCUAUUGAUUACUAUCUGCAUAGGCCUACAUGAAUUGAAUACGUUCGAAAUUGCCAAAUUGUAUACUGAUCUUCCUGUUAUCCCCCCCCCCUGUAUCCCUCUCUCCAAGACAAAUCUUAUACAGUAUAUACAGUAUAUAUAUAUAUAUUUAGUUAUCAUCAUCACACAAUAUAUGAAAGUGACUAUUAUUACAGGAAAUACUUGAAAGUGUCGUGUUGCAUCGUGCUGAAAUUCUGUGUUCCCUUAUACAAAUAUACGACUGAAAAAAAAAUGCAUACAAAAAUAAAGGCCAAAAAAAAAAAAAAAAA